UGAGCCAUGAGAUACUCUUGAAUCGUGAAUCGUGAAUGACUGGACGAUGCUUGAAUCGUGAAUGUGUGUGAGUCCCAACUCCUGCCUCCAACCUCCAACCUCCAACCUCGCGCCAUCCCUCUUUCUCUUCUGACUCUGACACCAUCAACAAAGCAUCACGCCAAACGUCAUCAUCACCAGACGCGACAGAUCCUUGGUCGCCAUGUCCGCGCCAACGUCUGGCUUUGCGCUGCCCAAUCACGACUUGUCCAGCCUCUCGCUGACCGGUCGACUGCAGCGCAUUUUUCAACAAGCCGCACAUCCAUCUCCCUCUCUGCCUCCUGUCUCUGACGACCCAUCUACCUCAUCCGCCACCCCAACCGACCCAGCCUUGGCCUUGCUGCAAGAGAUCAAAUCCGCUCAAGAACUGGCUGCCUCGUUGGAUCUCGUAUCUCACAAUGACCAUCUGGAAGAUCUCUCUACAGCCACGCUCAGAGCCUUGCUCUUGCCCGCCGUACUUGCAGAGGUAUUGACUCGGGUAAAGACCCCCAUCGGACCACCAGGCAUUUCACAGAGGCUCGAGGUGCUCAAAGGCAGCGCAGGCGCGCACAAACGCUUUCUCAAAUCGCUGCUUCGCAUCGGUGUCUUGCCGUCCGCACCUAGCUCUGAGCGCUCAGCAGCCAUUUCGUCAGACUUGCUCCUGCUCUCGCGGCAAGCUCAGCUGCACACCUCGACCUCCCCCUCCACCUCGCUCGUCAGCCAGCCCGCUUUCCCCAGUCCUGGCUCCAAAAGGGACCUCAAAAUUGCUCUGUUCAAACUAGAACGAGCCAUUGUCAACGCUCUAGACCAAUUUAGAGUUGCAGCGAGACAAAGGGCUCACAGCCAAGCGUCCGGCAUCAAGGUGCCUGAUAUGGGCUUCGACUCCGCUACAGCCUCACAUGAAGCUCCUGCGGAAGCUCUCUGGGACUUGCUGCUCUUGUCAAAACCGAACGUGUCACGGCAAGAAAGCGAGGAUGAGGAUGCACAAGGACAGGACGAUGACGGAGCAGAGGAUGACGCCUUGGUGCAGUACCUGCACAGACGCAGAGGCGCCGCUUCUUCAACGUCCUCCCCCACCCCACCUCUCAUCACUCGUCCCUCCUCCCUGAGGGGCUACACGCUUCUUCUGCUCUUGCUACAUGCAUGCAAGACCAUUUCAGCUCUUGACAGCGUUUCCCAAGAAGUUUCGUUGCUCACCAACAUGGCCAGUGAUCCCUCGCUCGGUCAAUCGGCGUAUGCCAUGGAGAGGCGAGAGCGUGAGCGAGCAAGAGAAGGUAAGAGCAGCGAUACGAGCUGGAGAUUGGAUCCGAGAAGGCUGGACGCCAAUGCGCCUGGACCGUUGUUGGAUAAACAAGGCAAGAUCCUUAGGCCUUUUCACAUCUUGCCAGGAGGCUCUACAUCUGCCAACGCGCUGCCUACCGAUGAGAUGAAUGCGAGGCAGAGACUCCGGGAUGAAGUGUUCAGACCUAGUCAUAGGCUUCCGACCAUGUCCAUCGAUGAUUUCUUAGCAGAAGAAGAGAGGCGCGGCAAUGUCAUCCGUGGCGGAGGACACGAAGGAGCGGCAAAAGCUACACCGAGGGAAUCACGCGCCCUCAGAGCAGAGCAAGAUGGAACGCUGGAGGCUGAAGAAGCAGAAGAACAAGCAAGAAAGGAAGCUGUUGAGUGGGACGCGUUCAAGGAAGCCAACCCAAAGGGAAUUGGCAACACGAUGAAUAGGGGCUGAGAAGCUCAGAAAAUGCAUAAUUUCAAUGGUUUCUCGGGGCCAACCGACGCCGGCAAUUUGUGGUUUAUUGUGACGUGCGUUCGAAAUUAAUAGUUUGCAGUCA